GUCACUGGACCCUCCAGCCAGCAGCACUGUCUGGUUCUGGGUGCCUCCUUGUCUCAACAUGGCAUUACUCUGGACCCUCACAGCUCUGAGCCUCUUCCCUCUGCUGCACGCCCAGGACCCAGUGUGUGCCAACUUCACAACCAGGCCUAUCACCAACGCCUCCCUGGACCGGCUCUACCGCAAGUGGUUUCUCAAAGCUUCCGUCUUCCGAAAGCCCGAGUACAAGCAGCAUGCAGAGAUGAUGAAAGCGGCCUUCUUCUAUUUCUCCGCCAGCCAGGAGGAAAACACUAUCCUGCUGCGGCAAUACGUAACCAUCGAGGACAGAUGCGUUUAUAACUCCACCUCCAUGGGGCUGCAACGAGAGAAUGGGACCAUCUCCAUAUACGAAGCUGGACACGAUCAUUUUGGCCACCUGCUGUACCACAAGGACCCCGGCAGCUUCUUCCUCGGCUUCUUCAUGGAGAAAGAGCAUGACAAGGGACUGGUCUUCUACACCGACAAGCCAAAGGCCAGCCUGAAGCAAAUGAACGAGUUCCAUGAAGCCCUCACAUGUCUGGGCAUAAACAAGACGGAAGUCAUGUACACCAACUGGAAACAGGAUCUGUGCAGGCCGCUGGAGCGCCAGCACAUGGCGAGAAGAAGACAGCAGUCGUAG